ACGGGCGGUGCUAUCACGCACGUGUGGCACUGCAGAGGGGAGACAUCUCUGUGGAGGGCAUCUCAGCCUGCCCGACGGCCUGGCGUUGUUUCCGAUCACAGCCAACUUCAGAACCGAGCGAGCUCUCCAGGACAACACGAGGACAACACGAGGACGCGGCUCUGCUUCCGCUGCAACCACCACUUCGCUUUGCUCGACUUUCUAAUCUUCUUCUCUCGCUCCAGCUUCCAGCACGCCGAUUAAACAAGCACCGUAGCCAUGUUCGACCACAAGGUGGCGCCCGACGACUUCCUUGCGACUAGCAGGGACAUCAACGGCAUCAACGUCAAGCUCUUUCAACUCAAGCCCAUUCAACGAUCCAUUUACUGCAUCACGCAGCCCUGCGACUUCUCGAUGAACCUCCAGGCCAUGACCAAGAAGAAGCUCCAGCUUUACCUGCCUGUCGUCCUUACCGUCGGUCCCGAUGUCCACCACCGCAGUGGCGCUGACGCUCGUCCCAACGAUAUCCCCGGUGACAACGAGGAGGACCGCAAAGUCCGCUUAUUACUCAUGAAGUACGCCACGCUACACCGCGCCCGCGCCCACGCCCGCGUCCUCGCCAACAAGAAGUCCAGCUCACAAUUGCUCGAGAACACGAUCAAAGGCAUCAUCGAGCGCGAGACGCGCGUGCUCGUGUCAGGCAUGACAGUGGAGAAGAGCUUAACAGAGCGCGAACUCUCCAAGAAGCGCCUCUACUGCGGCAUCGAGCGUGUUCUGACCGAGGGUACCCUGUCCAAGCUAGGGAACGCUGUCAAUGCCAUCCUGGUGCAAGCCCCGAAGGAGGGACUGCGCACCAAGAGGUGUACCGGCCUGAAAUCCGAGCGACGGGGCCGGGAGGAACAGUUGGAAUACGACCGCAAAUAUCUCGACCUUGGGUACUUCCCCAAUCCGAACCUUACCGAUGUCGAUGGCCAUGUUCGGAGCCGCGGUGGUUCUGUUGACGAUGUCGUGAAAGCCAUCCUCGAUGAAGACGGAUGGCACCAUCAUGACGGCCGAAGACCUCCUACACGUUCAGCUCAUGGUCACGGUUAGGGUAGUAGUCGCCUUGUUCCUGUGGCAGAACGCCCUCUAGCUGGCCACAGCAAAGGUAACGGCCACCGUUUACCGCCACUCCCAGCAAAGCUCAUGUCUGGCUUAUGUAUCAUGUGGGGACUGGGCGUGCCCGUUGCCCUAGCCCACCGCAUCCCAGAUUGGCUACUACACAUCGUGGGCGGCACAACCGUCGCGGCCGGCGCGUGCGUCCCGGUGCUCCAACCGGCUGAAGGCGAGACAAAGGCAUACAAGACCGGCGCCUACAUCGCGU